GUCCGGGUGUGCGGCACGAGGAUGGCGAGGAAGCGCCAUGGAUUUCCCCCAGCACAGCAAGCAAGUCCUGGAGCAGCUGAACCAGCAGCGGCAGCUGGGCUUGCUGUGCGACUGCACCUUCGUGGUGAAUGGCAUCAACUUCAAGGCCCACAAAGCCGUGCUGGCGGCGUGCAGCGAGUAUUUCAGGAUGCUCUUCGUGGACCAGAAGGAUGUGGUGCACCUCGACAUCAACAACACGGCAGGCCUGGGCCAGGUUUUGGACUUCAUGUACACAGCCAAGCUGAGCCUGAACCCCGACAACGUGGAAGACGUGCUGGCCGUGGCGGGGUUCCUCCAGAUGCAGGAGAUCGUCAGCGCCUGCAACGCGCUCAAGUCCCUCACGGUGCUGGCAGAAAGCCCCGUGGAGAGCCAGGGGGUCCCCGCCGAGAUGGGUGCGUAGCUUUCUCGCAGCCCCAUCUCCCUGGGGAUCCGCUUUUCCUCAUCCAGCAAGCCGCAGAGGCUCGAAAUCCCCCUGCUGAGCCGCGCGCUCCCUGGCUGCAGCCCUGCCCCGCACCCCAGCUGGGUGACCAGAUACAUCUGAUGCACAGAGCCUCAGUCAGAGGGCGUCCGGAUGGCGUUUGUGGCUCUGGUUCCCCUGUGCAGCACCGCUCGCUGGCUUUGUUGAAGACUCGCUGCCUUCCUUGUCUCCCCGCGGAGUUGAGGAAAGCUGCCCGGCCUCUAGCCCCUGCACGAGCCGCAGGAGGUGGCGCGGUGUGCUGCUAUGCCUCUUCCCUUGCAGGGGCUGAAAAGGCAGCCGUCGAGGACAAAGCGGUGGCAGCAGUAACGCGGGGUGAUUCUGACAAACCAAAACAAGUUCCUCCCAACCAGGAGGGGAAGGAAGAGGCGCCCGUGGCUGCAGCAGCACAGCCCGAGGAGCAGGCGGAGCAGCUGGAUGUCAAAGAGGUCCCCGCAGAAGGUCAGCAACCAGGAGGUGCAGACGGCGCCGCCCAGGCAGGCCCUGCCAACGGCUUCCCCAGCCCCACGCAGCCCGCAGAGGGCGCGAUGGGCGGCAGCAGCCCCGCGGCCGAGGGCAGCGUCCCCCAGCACGCCGCGACGGGAGAGGUGGAGCUGGAAGGGAAGGAGGAAGAGGGGGAGAUGGCGGCAGAGGAUGAAGAGGAGGCUAAAAUCCCCAAGGAAGUGCAGCCCAAGUUAGAAAAUGGAGAAAAUGCCGAGGAUAACGAAUCAGGGAGCACUGACUCCGGGCAGGAGAACUCAGGUGAAACCCGGCUGCUGCGCUCGGGCACUUACAGCGACCGGACCGAGUCGAAAGCCUACGGCUCCGUCACGCACAAGUGCGAGGACUGCGGGAAGGAGUUCACCCACACUGGGAACUUCAAGCGACACAUCCGCAUCCACACCGGUGAGAAGCCCUUCUCCUGCAGGGAGUGCAACAAAGCCUUCUCCGACCCGGCCGCCUGCAAAGCCCACGAGAAGACGCACAGCCCCCUGAAGCCCUACGGCUGCGAGGAGUGCGGGAAGAGCUACCGCCUCAUCAGCCUGCUGAACCUGCACAAGAAGCGGCACACGGGGGAGGCCAAGUACCGCUGCGACGACUGCGGCAAGCUCUUCACCACCUCCGGCAACCUCAAGCGGCACCAGCUGGUGCACAGCGGGGAGAAGCCGUACCAGUGCGACUACUGCGGGCGCUCCUUCUCCGACCCCACCUCCAAAAUGCGGCACCUGGAGACCCACGACACCGACAAGGAGCACAAGUGUCCCCACUGCGACAAGAAAUUCAACCAGGUGGGGAACUUGAAAGCUCACUUGAAGAUUCACAUUGCAGACGGGCCCCUCAAGUGUCGGGAGUGUGGCAAGCAGUUCACCACUUCAGGCAACCUGAAGCGGCACCUCCGGAUCCACAGCGGGGAGAAGCCCUAUGUCUGUGUUCACUGCCAGCGGCAGUUCGCUGACCCCGGGGCGCUGCAGCGGCACGUCCGCAUCCACACAGGAGAGAAGCCGUGCCAGUGCUUGAUCUGCGGGAAGGCUUUCACCCAGGCCAGCUCCCUCAUCGCCCACGUGCGCCAGCACACGGGGGAGAAGCCCUACGUCUGCGAGCGCUGCGGCAAGAGGUUCGUGCAGUCGAGCCAGCUGGCUAACCACAUCCGCCACCACGACAACAUCCGACCCCACAAGUGCACCGUCUGCAACAAGGCCUUCGUCAACGUGGGCGACCUCUCCAAGCACAUCAUCAUCCACACCGGGGAGAAGCCGUUCCUGUGUGACAAGUGUGGCCGUGGCUUCAACCGGGUGGACAACCUGCGCUCCCACGUGAAGACGGUGCACCAGGGCAAGGCAGGCAUGAAGAUCCUCGAGCCUGAGGACGGCGGCGAGGUCAACAUUGUCACGGUGGCCUCAGAUGACAUGGUGACGCUCGCCACCGAGGCACUGGCCGCCACCGCUGUCACGCAGCUCACGGUGGUCCCCGUGGCAGCUGCCGUGACGGCAGACGAGACUGAAGCACUUAAAGCGGAGAUCACCAAAGCGGUGAAACAAGUUCAGGAAGCAGACCCCAACACCCAGAUCCUCUACGCCUGCGACUCCUGCGGGGAGAAAUUCCUGGACGCCACCAGCCUGGCGCAGCACGUCCGCAUCCACACGGCCCAGGCCCUCGUCAUGUUCCAGGCCGACACGGACUUUUACCAGCAAUACGGGGCCGCCACCGCCACCUGGCAAACAGAGCAGGUCCUCCCCACAGGGGAGCUGCUUUUUCGUGCCCGCGAUGCCCCCCCUGAGCCCCCCGCCACCCCCUUGGCCCCUAUGCCGCUGGCCGGGGAGGGCCAGGCGCCCACCGAGUGACCUGCCUGCCCUCCCUCGCCUUUAUUUAAAGACAGCUGCUUGGAAAUGGUGUAAAAAUUGUAUUUCUGGAAAGAGAGACAGAAGGAAUAAAUUGCAGUAUUUUCU